UUGUUCUUAAGAAUUAGAUGAUUAUUUACAAACGCGUUAAGUCAAAUGGAUUAAAAGUCAACACAAAUAUGAACUAUAUAAAUGGAAGCAUAUAGAUUAUGCACUCAAUUUCACAAAUUCAAUUCCAUUCUCCGGUGAUCAGCAUUCUUCAAUGGCGAGUUAUGGCAUCCACGGCGAUCUCCUUGAAGUCACAGUUGUUAGCUGCAAUAAACUGAAAGAUACAGAAUGGAUCUCGAGGCAAGAUCCGUACGUUCAUAUCGAAUACGGUAGCAACAAAUCUUCCACCCGUACCUGUAAAGAUGGAGGCAAAAACCCUACAUUUCAAGAGAAAUUCGUUUACAGUCUAGUUGAAGGAUUAAGAGAACUGAAUGUUACAGUUUGGAAUAGCAAUACAAUCACACAUGAUGACUUCAUCGGUAGUGGAAAGAUUCCAUUGGCAAAGGUUCUUUCUCAAGGAUUUGAUGAUAGCAGCUGGCCAUUACAAAGUAAAACUGGCAGGCAUGCCGGAGAGGUUCGAUUGAUUAUGCAUUAUUCCAAUUCCAAUUCCAAUUCCGGUAAACCAGGAAAAGAUAUUGCUCAUAAACCAUCAAAAGGUCUUGCUCCAUCAGCACCACCGGCGUCCAUGUACUCUGCACCUCCGCCGUCAAUGUACUCUGCAUCACCGCCGCCGCAUAUGUACUCUGCACCACCACCGCCGUCUAUGUACUCCGCACCACCACCUCCGGCAGCAUCUUACCCUUCACAAGGCGAAGCAUACCCUCCACCAGGCGGAGCAUACCCUCCACAAGGCGGAGCAUACCCACCACCAUCUCCUUACUCAUCAUACCCACCUAAUUCAGGUGUUUAUCCACCGGCUGCAUACCCACCUCAGGCGGCUCCUUAUCCUCCUCCGGCGUACUCAUCAAAUUCUUAUGGAUCACAUUAUCCCCCUGGUUCUCCAUUCCCAGGAAUGUAUCCACCACCACCAUAUUGAUAUAGAAUCGUUGGUGAUAAAUCGUAUAUAAUUUUUCAUUAAUGUUAUAUCCUUUUAACUAUUAAAAGAAAUUAUUGUUAGAUGUUUUAUAACAUUAUGAGUUGUUCACAUUUUGAAAAAUAAAUCAUAAGAUGUUUUUUCUUCCACAAAGGUUAUAAUAAUUUUCGUAUUCUUUGGCUGAAUUUCAAAGUGUAAUUUCAUUAUUUAGUUGAAAUUCAUUGUUAUACACUUUGUACCCA